AUGCAAAGGCUCUUUCUAUGACAACUUCCGUAAAGUAGACCACCAGGCUGAACUGGGAGCAGUCAGACAUUGGAAUAAUUUUGACCCGUUACUGACCCGUUCAGAGACAGGAGACAUGCCGGGCGCGGAUAAGGAGACGGACCUGUGUGAGCGGAUCGAGGCGUUUCUGGCGGAGCUGAAGCUCGGGGACCGGGGCUCCGGGGAGACCGCCCGCAGCACCGCGGCGCUGCUGCGCAGGAUCACCGCACAGGCGCGCUGGAGCAGCGCAGGUGAUCUGAUGGAGAUCAUCCGUAAAGAAGGCAGAAGGAUGACUGCUGCUCAGCCCUCAGAGACCACCGUGGGCAACAUGGUUCGCCGCAUCCUCAAAAUUAUUCGAGAGGAAUAUGCAAGGUCCCGUGGCAGCAGCGAGGAGGCAGAUCAGCAGGAGUCUCUGCACAAGCUGCUCACGUCCGGCGGCUCCAGUGAGGAGAACUUCAGACAGCACUUCCCUCCACUCAAAGCUAACAUCAUUGAGGCCAUCAACGAGCUGCUCACUGAGCUGGAGGGCACCACAGACAACAUAGCCAUGCAGGCUCUGGAGCACAUCCACUCUAAUGAAGUCAUCAUGACCAUCGGCCGCUCGCGCACCGUGGAGGCUUUUCUGAAGGAUGCAGCGCGCAAACGCAAAUUCCACGUUAUCGUAGCAGAGUGCGCUCCGUUCUGCCAGGGUCAUGAGAUGGCCACCAGUCUGUCUAAAGACGGAAUUGAAACCACAGUGAUUCCUGACGCCGCCAUCUUCGCAGUGAUGUCCAGAGUCAAUAAGGUGAUUAUUGGUACGCAGACGGUUUUGGCAAAUGGAGGAUUGAGGGCGGUGAACGGCACACACACACUGGCACUCGCUGCCAAACACCACUCCACUCCACUCAUUGUGUGCGCUCCCAUGUUCAAACUCUCACCACAGUUUCCAAAUGAAGAGGACACGUUCCACAAGUUUGUUUCACCACAUGAAGUGCUUCCCUUUACUGAAGGUGAGAUCCUGUCGAAGGUGAACGCUCACUGUCCCGUGUUUGAUUAUGUUCCGCCAGAGUUAAUAACGCUGUUUAUUUCCAAUAUUGGUGGAAACGCCCCAUCUUACAUCUACCGUCUGAUGAGUGAACUUUACCACCCUGAAGACCACGAGCUGUAAAAAUGUAUAAAUAAAUAAUUAAAAGCA